AUGUCCAGCGUUGAGUCUUUCUAUGGCAGAGUUGAGAACGAGUCAGACUGCCUUGUCUUGAUCGACUUGGCAAGGCGGGGCCUCAUUCCAAGAGUCCAGCGCAGGCUCACGUCGAGGGAGCGGAAGCAGAUCCGCCAUGGAAGUGUUUUCAUAUACUGCGAAGAGGAGAGCAGAAUCAGGAGAUGGACUGACGGCAUGUCCUGGACCCCAUCGAGAGUCCAGGGCGUCUUUCUGAUGUACAGGCAGCUUCUGAGCAGCAAUCCAAUGAUGAAAAGGACAUACUCAGCAACAUGCGGAGAUAGGAGCUUCCACAUAGUGGGAUAUCUCCAGGCGCAUCCUCUGCACGAUGAGCCUCCGUCUGCAUCUGUCCUUUAUAGAGGAGUCGACUUCCCAACAGACAUCAGGAUAAAAAAGAAGUUCAGCUUCCAAGAUGAAGACCGUUGUAAGAGCACACCCAGGCCGGUCGAGCCUGUGGAGGCCAAUGAGGAUCUUCCGUUCGACGUUUACUGGUAUUAG